UCAGCUGUAGAGGGAGGGCUAGCGAACUGUCAGAUGUCAGAUGUUGAAUAGCAAAGCGGAGCGGUAGUGAAAAUAAUUCUAACAAAUAUGUGUUUUUAUUUCCUAUUUCAUACACAUAGGUAAUCGCCGCGCCUAGCAUUUAGUUUUAAGUCACCUAGAGAGGGACACCGCGAUCGCGGGACCGCGCAAUGGGCUCCCGAGACAGGGACACAAAGUCCUUUCAAGACAAAUUAAAAGUGUUUUUCAAGAAGGGUCCAUCGGCUCCGCUCUUGCAGAACGAGCUGGUGAUCACCCCGGAGCUGCAGAAGGAGCUGGGCUGUGACACGCCGCUCGGCCGCCGCCUGCGGGUCAUCCGCGAGGUCGCCGAGAAGGUGCUGCACGUCCGCGUCCACGAAGGUGGGGUAGACAAGAUAUGGGCGAACACGAAGGACUUGCUGGAGGACGGCAACGCGGAGGCGCGGCACGCAGUGCUGGCGCUGCUGCGGAGCAUCGCGGACGGCCAGCAGGACCUGCUAAUCAUGCGCACCAUCCUGUUCCGCUACCUACACGACACGCCCCCCGCGCGCCUGCCCGACGACUACCCGCUGCGCUUCAAGCUGCUCUACAGCCUCACCAACUCCGGCAAGGACAUCAAGUGCUUAGAGGAUCAGAUCGGCUCGUUCCUGCUGGAGUGGUUCCCCGAGAUCCAGGCGGGCACGCACAUGGUGGACUUCGUGCGCCUCGUCACCAACGUCGUCAAGUUCAACGCCGUCUACCUCGACGAAGAGAUCGUGCACGGCAUCGUUAACCACGCGUGCCACCAGUGCGUGUACAGCGGCGAGGCGGCGGUGGUGCUCGCGAGCCUCGCGCUGCUGGAGGCCGUCGUGUCGUACUCGCUGCUGCCGCUGGGCGCGCUGCCCGCCUUCGUCGCCGCGCUGUGCCGCACCGUCAACGUGGAGCACUACUGCCAGCCCAGCUGGAAGCUCAUGCGACUCGUGCUGGCCGCCGACCUCGGCCACGCUGCGCUGCGCCGCCUCGUGCACGCCCUGCGCGCGCCGCCCGCCGCCGACGCCGACGCCGGCCUCGCGCGCGGCGCCGUCUUCCACGUCAACAUGGCGCUGUGGGGGCCCAACCGCGUGCCCUCGCUGCACGCCUCGCACCUGGCCGUGCUGCCCGCCUUCCGGCGCGCGCUCGACCUGCGCCGCCCCGUCGUCACGUACGAGGUGGUGAUGGCGCUGCAGUCGCUGGUGGCGCGCGCGCCGCUCGAGCUGCACGAGCCGGCGUGGGACACGCUGCUGGACAUCGCGGACGCGGCACUGGAGCAGGCGCGUGCGGGUGCCGGGUGGGAGCUGACGGCGGCGCGCGCGCACGCGCUGCUGUCGCACGUGGAGCAGCUGCAGGAGGCGGGGCAGUACCUGGGCGACGGCGCGCGGCUGCUGGCGCUGCUGGACGCGCACGCGGCGGGCCGGCCGGAGGCGUCGGCGGCGCGCGUGGUGGGAGAGCGGGCGGCGGCGCUGCGCGGGCCAGACGUGGCGGGUGCACUGGCGCUCGUCGACCGUUACGUGCGCCGCGAGACGCGCCUGCCCGUGCGCCUGCACGCGCUCGCCGCGCUGCUCGACUUCAUCAAACGCAACAGGAUCGGUCACGGGUCGGAGCUGGCCGAGCGCGUGGGCGGGGCGCUGGCGGCGGCGUGCGCGACCGCGCCCGAGGCGGCGCUGCGGGCGGCCGCGGCGCGCGCGCUGCCGCAGCUGGCGCGGCUGGCCACCACAGACGCCUGCAUCGACCUCAUCGACCACCUGGAGCGGAUCCUCAACCGGCCGUUCGAGGUGUCGGAGGGCGGCGCGGGGGCGGGGUCGGGGGAGGGGGACGGCGCCGAGCUGCGCGCCGCCGCCGCCGGCCUCGUCGACCUGUUCCAGUACAAGGUGCUGCGGGCGCCGGCCGCGCACGCCGCGCGCGUGUUCGUCGUGCUGCUCGACCACCUCGACCUACACUACCGCCGCCCCGCCGUCUUCAGCCGCUACCCCGACAUUCGCCUGCAGAUCCUGGACAUGAUCUUCGGGCUGCGCGCCAACGCGUCGAACUGCGUGGGGUUCGUGUACGACGCGGCGGGCGCGGCGGUGCUGGGCGCGGGCGGCGGCGGCGGAGGCGGGGCUGCAGGGCGGGCGCCGCUGUGCUCGGCGCUGCUGCUGGCCGAGCCGCCCGCCCCGCGCGCCGCCCGCCCGGCCGCAGCGCGCGAGCCGCCGCCCGGCGCAUGCGUGCUGCCGGUGGGGCGCGCGGCGCGCACGCUGGUGGCGGCGCUGACGCGCGAGGCCGACUGGGCGGUGCUGGCGCACGUGCUGCGCGCGCUGCCGCCGCUGCUGACGGCGCGCGCGCUGGCGCCCGGUCGCCGCGCCAUGGACCUGGACCUGCUGGCGGCGACGCUGUGCUCGAUGGUGGCGGACCGCUCCAUGUGCGUGCCCGAGCGGCUGGCGGGCGUGCGGCUGCCGGUGUCGCAGUUCCACGCGGCCGUCCUGCCGGCGCUGGCGGCGCUGGCCGGCCACCACGCCUACCUGGAGCCGCAGACGCAGCAGCGCGUCGUGCGCUGCCUGCUCAAGUACGGCAUGGUGCUGCGUACGCCGCAGCCGUACAUCGUGGCGCUGACGCUGUUCACGCUAGAGGCGCGCGACACGAUGGUGAAGCUGCUGCCGGAGGUGCUGCUGGACCUGUCCAAGAUCUCCGACACGACGGCCAUCGCCGGGCCCAUGCUGGAGUUCCUGUCGACGCUGACGCGGCUGCCGCGCGCGUUCGCGUCGUUCGUGGAGGACCAGUACAUGUCGGUGUUCGCGAUCGUGCUGCCGUACACGAACCACGCGCGCUACAACCACUACGUGGUGUCGCUGGCGCACCACGUGAUCGCCGCCUGGUUCCUCAAGUGCCGCCUCUCCUACCGCCGCAACUUCGUCAAGUUCAUCAUACAUGGCCUGCACAACUACAUCAUCAUGCCAUUCGAGGAGCAGCUGCAGGUGCGCGCGCGGCCGCCGCCCCCAGUCAACGAGGACUCCUCCAACCGCCAGCGCAGCUCCAGCCUCGGCUCUCGGGCGGUGUCGCGGCCGCUGGGCGCGCGCGGCGCGGGGCGGGGCGAGGGCGGCGCGGCGGGAGGGGCGGGGGCGGGGGGCGCGCCGGCCGCCUUCCACGUGGAGCUGACGGAGACGUGCGUGGACCUGCUCGCCCGGUACACCUUCACGCCGUGCAGCGCCAAGCCACAGAGGAGCGACACGGCGGAGUUCCUGUUCAGCGGCGGUCAGUCGACGACGUGGCUGGUGGGCCACAAGCUCGUCACCGUCACCACCUCCGGCUGCCUGCAGAACUCCAUGAAGCAGGGCCUGUGCGAGAGAUGCGCGACGCUGUGCCGACAGCACGCGGAGAGCGUGGCAAGCCCGCUGCCGUCCGCCACGCCCCCCGCCGCGCCCGCCCCGCCCGCCGCCGCGCCGCCGCAGCUGCACGUCGACGGCCCGGACGCUGAACCCGCGCCGGAGAUCAAACGCUACAGCCGCGUGUCGCUGCAGCACAGCCGCUCCACCGACACGUCGUGCUCGUCGCUGUCGGAACCCGACGCGCGCCGCGACGUAUCCAGGCAAAACUCAUCAGAAAACAAGAGCCAAGACCCCAUCAUCGACGCCAUCAACCAGUUCUCGCAGCGCUUCGAGAUGCUCUCCAGAGAAGUCGACUGCGACGAGACGGGGUGGUCGCGAGUGGGCGCGCUGGCGGGCGGCGGCGCGUGCCCGUGCUGGUGCGCGCGCUGGGCCGAGCUGCACGUGCGCUCCCCCACUGGCGACGUGUCCUGGCUGCUGCGCCUGCAGAACCACAUCUCCUCCGCGCAACUGCAGGAGUGGCCGCUGCAGGACGUCCUCGCCCUGCUGUCGCCACCGCCGCUCUCCCCCGCCCCGACCCCCGCGCCGCCCGCUCCCGCCCCCGCCGCCCCGCCCGCCGCCGCGCCCGUGCCGCCCCGCGACCUGCACAAGUCCAGCUCCGACAGCGUGGUGGAGGGUGCGCGCGCGGGCGGGGCAGGAGCGGGGCCGCCGCGCACCGGCACGCGGCCCAUCAACAUCCCCGGCUCGCCGCAGCGGCAGAGCUCGUCGAGCACCACGGAUGACGACGACCUGCUGCUGAUGGUUCCGGAGGGCAAGUCGCGCCACCCGGUGCGCCGUUCCAACUCCUCGCCCGAGAUGUCGUCGUGGAAGGCGCGCGCGAUGUCGCCGCCGCCCGCGCCGGAGCCGGACGCCGCGCCGCCGCCGCACGUCAAGAAGCCCGGCAAGAAGGGCGGCGUGUCGUGCGAGGCCAUCCCCGAGGAGAUGUGCGGCACGUCCCCGCAGCCCCCCGCCCCCGCCCCCGCCGCCUCCUCGCCGCACGCGCCGCUCAUGACGUACAAUUCGGACCCCGGCACCGCCCCGCCCGAGACCGACGACGGUGACGCGUCCGGCGCCGCGGACACAUCGCACCUGCACCUGCAGAAGACGAGCAGCGACAGCCGCGUGGCGAGCGGCGGCGGCGGCGCGGACGAGCUGCCCCCGCUGGCGCGCUCCAAACGCUCCAACACCAUCUCCGUGAUGAGCCCCACGCGGCGGACGCGCGAGUCGCUGCGCGGCGCCGGGCCGGGCGCGGCGGGGGGCGGGGGCGGCGCGGGCGGUGGCCUGGCGCCCUCCUUCGUGUUCCUCCAGCUGUACCACAACAUGAGCACGGCGCCGUGCGCGCCGCACGUGGCGGGCGCGGCGCGGGGGGCGGAGCACGAGCGCCCGCUCAAGAUCUCCGGCGUGCAGCACGAGCGCACCAUCAAGAACCUCGACCUCGUGCCGCCAGUAGAGACGUACAAGGUGGGCGUGCUGUACGUGGGGCCGGGGCAGCAGGACGACGAGGUGUGCAUCCUGCGGAACGAGCACGGCAGCGUGCGCUACUGCGACUUCCUGCGCCGGCUCGGCUCGCUCGUGCCGCUCGACGCCGACGAGCCCAACCUCUUCCUCAACCUGGAGCGCGGCGGCGAGGACGGCACCUACACCUACGUGUGGACCGACGACGUCAUGCAGGUGCAGUUCCACGUGGCGACGGCGAUGCCAACGCUGGCGCGCGACCCGUCCUGCAACGAGAAGCGCAAGUACAUCGGCAACGACUACGUCUCCAUCGUCUACAACGACUCCGGCCACGACUUCUCCAUACACACCAUCAAAGGUCAGUUCAACUCGUGCAUCGUGGUGGUGGAGCCGCUGGCGGGCGGCACGAACCGCGUGCGCGUGUGCACCAAGGACGAGCGCAUCCGCACCGAGUUCCUGCCGCACCUCGAGCCCAACACCGUCUCCGACAGCAACGUCGCGCUGCUCGCCCGACAGCAGGCGCUGCACUGCUCCUUGGCGGCGAUGAUCUCUCAGUCGCUGGUGGUGGGCGGCGAGCCGUACGCGUCCAACUGGCUGGCGCGGCUGCGGCUGCUGAAGCGGCUGCGGGCGCGCGCCACCGCCGACCGCCGCGCCGCCGCCCGCCCCGCCCCCUACCACCCCGCGCCGCCGCCCGCCCAUCCCGCCUACCACAUCGACGACUUCAACGACUACGCCUAACCGCGUACUCGCUCCUGUCCGCGACCGGACCUCCCCCGCCGGCGCUCCUCACCUUCACAUUCAUCUAUUGCGUUUGAUUCGACUUUGUAACACGUUUUGUAAUCACAAGAACGAGGUAGAUUCUAGAACUUCUAAGAUUCGUCGUUUUUAUACUGCAACGUCUGGAGUUGAGCGACGGCAUGUCUCGUCGAUAACUUGUAAUCUCUGAGACGCGAGUCGACCCAGUCGCUUAAAAAAUGGGUCGAAGAGCAGCUGCACGGCAACUCCUGUGCCGUCGAGUGCGGUACACCGGGCGGGCGUGGUGUGCGCCGGGCGCGCGUGCGGUACGUCGGGCGCGUGUGCGGUAUGCCGGGUGCGCGUGCGGUACGCCGGGUGCGCGAGCGGUACGCCGGACGCGCGUGCGGUACGCCGGGUGCGCGUGCGGUAUGCCGGCAUAUUUGCCGGCGAGUGCCACACUCGACACUAUGUACCUUAACAUCGAAAGUAAUCUUAAUCGAGUCGUAAGGUGUAAUAAUAUAAAUACAUUAAAAGCUUUGUAAAUAGACUCUCAUACGCUUAAGUGUUAUAUAAUAAAUCGUCGUGUUAGAAUUAUUUUCAUCGGCCGCGGGUUGUCGGGUCGGGCUGGAGCUCGUCGACCUUCGUCGGACGUGUACGGCCGACUCGUUAACCCCAAACUCUCAGUAGCCGCAAUUUCGGCCGCCGAGCCCGGAACGAGCCAUCACCCGAAAUAUCUCGAUGGAUUUUUGAUUGAAGCACCGAUUUUGCAAGGAAGUCGAUCCUGAUUCCCGACAGUAUUGACUGAACACAAAGGUUUCAAUGAUUUUUUACAUUUUUGUGAUAGUAGCGUAGCGACUGUUUGUAUGUACUCGAGUGAUUUUGUACUCGGCCCAGCUUCGCUUCACCGUCCCGGCUCGACGCGCGCGGCGACUGGCGCCGAUCUCACGCCUGCUCGCGGUCGUCGGCUCUAGUCGCCCUGUAAAUAAUUUACAUGCUGAAGGAAAUGAUUUGGUCGCACCGGAGAUCGCCGCGCCGCUCGUGCGCGCCGCCGCGGACCGCCCUAGAGUUAAACCAAAGAGCCGCCGGUCCGCGCGGCGCCGCGAGCAGGCACCCCGGCCUCUCCACUUAUCGCACCGGAGGUAUUUUAAUUGUUAUAAAUGUUGAAAAUAUAAUUUGAAAUUCUGCGAACGGUAUGUAGUGGUCCUGGCCUCGUGCGUCGCACGCAGCACGCCCGGGACGGACGUCACGCGUCUCGCCGCGUGCGCAGGACGCAGUGCGCUUAUUAUGUUGUUAAGCAGUUGAGGCAUUUCUUGUUAAAAUAUUUUAUGUAGCGAUUUAUUUCCUGACGAAAGAUUUUGUAAUCAAAUAAAUGAUGGCUAUUUU